AUGAAAGAAAUUUCUCAAAGAAUAUACAUAUCUAAUAAUCGGAUACCUCUUGAACCAACAGAGGAACGAUUCCGUAUUGCUGAAUCAGUCAAGAAUUCAUCUACACCAACAAUUUUACCCGAGAACCCUAACCGAAUUGAUGAAAAUACUUUGCAUCUAAAAUCUAGUAUUGCGCAUAUUAACUUCCCAAUACCUAUAGUUGUGGAAGAAACAAAAAAGAAGAAAUCCAAAUCCGCUCGCAUACCUGAUUCGCCUUCCGGUAAUAAUGGUUCGACAGAAAAGCAUUUUUCACCAAAACAAUUAUUACAAUUGUUCCAUAAACCACAUGAUGAAUUACCGUCUGAUGAAGAAGACAUAUUGAUGAAGAGAUGGAAAUUGAGGGGGAAACUGGAGGAAAUUGAUGAUAACAUAGAUAAAGCCCCCAAAGAAGAAGAACAAGAGAGCUGGAAUUCAGUAAUUGAAACACGAUCAAGACAUCUGUUCAGAGAAAUGGGGCCAGAAGAUUUGAGAUUUACUGCUGAAUUUAGAGAGGGAGCAAGAAUAGAGACAUUGACAGAUUUAUAA